AUGGCGUUAUUUCUGUACUACAAUCCUCCAGUGGCGCUCGACAAGCUAAGAAGAGAACAGGGCAAAGUUGCCGAGCUCCGUCUCGAGCUCAAUAGUGGAGGCAAGAAGGACAAGAAUUAUUCGCUGAAGAAGAUUGCCUUGAAGCGAAUAGUUGCCAACAUGACCAUGAGCAACAAUGACAUGGUCGCUCUCUUUCCCGAUGUUAUUGGGUGCAUGAAUCUCCCGAGUCUGGAGAUUAAGAAAAUGUGCUUCCUCUACCUCGUCAAUUAUGCUCGUGUACGGCCAGAAAUUGCGGUAAAAGCAAUUCCGGUAUUGGAGCUUGAUAUGGAAGACAGCAACCCGUUGGUGCGAGCCCUCGCCCUGCGAACCAUGUCAUACAUUCACGUGCGUGAAUUUGUCGAAGCAGCUGUCCCAAUCGUCAGACACAUGCUGCGAGAUGCGGAUCCCUACGUGCGCAAAACGGCCGCCUAUUCUGUCGCUAAACUGUACGACCACGAUCGAGACAGGGUUGAAGGAUCAGAUCUCAUCGAGCGGCUCAACGCUCUGUUGCGAGACGAUAACCCGACAGUCGUGGCUAGCGCACUGGCUGCGCUUAUGGAUAUUUGGGAGAGAAGCGAUGCCAUUAAACUCACGAUCGACUACAGCAACGCUUCCAAAAUGGUUGCAAUCCUAGCAGACUGCUCAGAAUGGGGCCAAACGUACAUCUUAGAGGCACUUAUGUCGUAUGUGCCGCAAGAGUCUGGUGAGGCUUCACUCCUGGCUGAGCGCAUCGCCCCUCGACUCUCACAUUCCAACUCGGCGGUUGUCUUGACCUGCAUUCGAGUCAUCCUCUAUCUUAUGAACUACAUUGCCGACGAGAAGCAAAUUUCUGCUCUCUGCCGCAAAUUAUCGCCACCCCUGGUGACGCUGCUUGCCAAAGGGCCUGAGGUGCAGUAUCUUGCCCUGCGAAAUGCGCUCCUUAUCCUGCAGAGACGACCAGAAGUCCUCAAGAAUGAUAUUCGAGUCUUCUUCUGCAAAUAUAACGACCCAAUCUACGUCAAAGUCACAAAGCUGGAACUUAUCUUUAUGCUUGCCAACGAGCAGAACAUCGACGAAGUGCUGACAGAACUCCGGGAAUACGCUACCGAAAUCGAUGUGCACUUUGUGCGAAAGGCUGUGCGAGCCAUUGGGAAGUUGGCCAUUAAGAUUGAGCCUGCUGCUCCCCGGUGCAUUAACUUGCUUCUCGAGCUUGUGGCCACCAAGGUCACCUAUAUCGUGCAAGAAGCAACAGUCGUCAUCCGAAACAUUUUCCGCCGAUACCCCAAUCAGUACGAGUCCAUUAUCAGUACGCUGUGCGAACAUUUGGAUUCUCUGGAUGAGCCAGAAGCGAAAGCAGCCAUGGUGUGGGUCAUUGGAGAAUAUGCGGACCGUAUUGAGAAUAGCGAUGCCCUGCUCGAUGACUUCUUGUAUGCAUUCACCGAGGAGCCUGUUGAGGUGCAGUUGGCUUUGCUCACGGCAACUGUCAAGUUGUUCAUCCAGAGACCGACGCGGGGCCAGGAGCUUGUUCCUAAGGUAUUGAAAUGGGCCACGGAGGAAACAGAUAACCCUGAUCUACGAGACCGCGCAUAUAUGUAUUGGCGACUGCUAUCGACAGAUGUUGGCCUGGCAAAGCAAAUCGUGAUGGGCGAGAAACCUCCUAUUACGGCGGAGUCAGAGAAACUGGAACCAGCUAUCCUUGAGGAAAUGUGUCUCAACGUGGGCACGCUAGCGACGGUCUAUCUGAAGCCUGUUCAGACAGUGUUCCGCACAGCACGAGUGCGAAAGCUGCCAGACUCGCCGGCGUUGCAGAAGCAAAAUUUGCCGACGGAUAUUGAUACGAACAAGACAAUUAGCAUGUUUGGCCGCGGCGGGCAGCCCACGGAUAUCGACCUGAGAAGUCGGGCCGCUGCGGGCGUGAACGGCAAUCAGCAGGCCAUCAAUGAUGCAGAUGAAUACUUUAGCAGUGUGGCACCGCAGCAAAUGGCGGCACUGAGAAUGGACGGGGGCGACGACCUCUUUGGCGGCGGCAACGUGACGGGAUACGUGGUGAAUGUACAUGCGCCGCAGGCUGUGAUGCAGCCGACACAGGGAGCGGGAAGCAACGGCGACCUGCUCAUGCUUUGA